GGGGGCGGGCCGAGCACCUUCCCGGCCCGGCCGGCAAUUCAUUCAAAAGGCGCGCAGGCUGCGCUGCCUCCGUGCGCUCGCCGAGCCGGGCCCGGGCGCCACGUCCUACCCGGAGCGGAGCAGGAGUUUCCGCGGCCAGGCUAGAAGAGAUCACCACAGGGCCUGAUGAUGAAGCUGAGCCUGCUGCACUGGCCCCUGUCCUGCCUCCUCGUGCUGCUGCCCUGGCCUCUGGCCACUGCAACACCAACGACCCCUUGGCAGUGCCCGCCUGGGGAGGAGCCUGACCUGGACGAGGGUCAGGGCACAUUAUGCAGGUCCUGCCCCCCAGGCACCUUCUCCACCUCCUGGGGCUCCAGCCCAUGCCAGCCCCAUGACCGUUGCAGCCUUCGAAGGAGGGUGGAGGCCUGGGCUGGCACCGCAACCCACGAUACACUAUGUGGAGGCUGCCAGCCUGGGUGGAUUGGCCCUCGGGGGGCUCCCCAUGUUCCAUGUCAACCAUGCUCCUGGGCAUCUCUGAGUAUGCAUGGCUGUAAUGAGUGGGGGCGGCGGGCCCGACGAGGUGUGGCGGUGGCAGCAGGGUCCAGCGGUAGUGGAGAGACUCGACAGCCCGGGAACGGCACGCGGGCUGGUGGCUCUGAGGAGACAGCUGCCCAGUAUGCGGUCAUUGCCAUCGUGCCUGUCUUCUGCCUCAUGGGGCUGCUGGGCAUCCUGGUGUGCAACCUGCUCAAGCGGAAGGGCUACCACUGCACGGCGCACAAGGAGGUCGGGCCCGGCCCUGGAGGUGGAGGCAGUGGUAUCAACCCUGCCUACAGGACUGAGGAUGCCAAUGAGGACACCAUUGGGGUCCUGGUACGCCUGAUCACAGAGAAGAAAGAGAAUGCGGCGGCCCUGGAGGAGCUGCUGAAAGAAUACCACAGCAAACAGCUGGUGCAGACAAGCCACAGGCCUGUGCCCAGGCUGCCGCCGGCCUCCCCCAGCAUGCCACACAUCUGUCCUCAUCGCCACCAUCUCCACACCGUGCAGGGCCUGGCUUCACUCUCUGGCCCCUGCUGCUCCCGUUGUAGCCAGAAGAAGUGGCCUGAGGUGCUGCUGUCCCCUGAGGCCGCAGCUGCUACCACUCCUGCUCCCAGCCUUCUGCCCAACCCAGCCAGAGCUCCCAAGGCUGGGGCCAAGGCAGGACGUCAGGGCGAGAUCACCAUCUUGUCUGUGGGCAGGUUCCGUGUGGCUCGAAUUCCUGAGCAGCGGACAAGUUCAGCAGCAUCUGAGGUGAAGGCCAUCACGGAGGCUGGGCCUUCAGGGGGUGAUCUCCCUGACUCCCCACAACCUGGCCUCCCCCCUGAGCAGCGGGCACUGCUGGGAAGUGGCGGGAGCCAUACUAAGUGGUUGAAGCCUCCAGCAGAGAACAAAGCUGAGGAGAACCGCUAUGUGGUCCGGCUUAGUGAGAGCACCCUGGUCAUCUGAGGGGCUGCCUUGUCUGAGGACACUCAGCCCUGCCUUGGGAGGUUCUGAAGGCUUCCUGGAGGAGGAAGAGCUAUAGCUGGGACUGUAAGGACCAAGAAACAAUGGCCCAGCAGGCAAAACAGCAAAGGCCAAGGCCUGGAGGUGGGACCGUCCGCCCCAGUGAGGAGGCAGGCAGUUGGCAGGCACUGUGUGCAGGAGCAGAUUGAGAGCCUGGCCCCUGUCCCUGCUGCCCCAGUUCCUCCCCUACAGGAUGCCCUAACCCUGUGCCUGCCCUGGCCACAUCGUAGGAGCCCAGAGUUCUCUGUACCAUCAGAGGUCUAGGCUUGGCCGAGGGGUGGCGCCUGUACCUGGUGCCCCAGUACUUUGGUGACUAGCUACCCUGCCCCUGUACAGGGCCCUGGAGCAGAUGUGCCUCCUCCUCCUCUCCUAGCAGGUUCUGUAAAGGGAAGGGGCAAUAUAAAAGCCCUGGGCUGGGAGGCUGAGUUCCUAGGUUCUAAUCCUGGGUAUAUCCCUGGCCAUCACUGGUCCGUUUAUCUGACUAUGAAGUGAGGAGAGAAUGAUGCCUCAGUACCCAGGGCCUCCCCAGCUCCUUGGAGGUUCAGGGCUGGGUCCUGUGGAGGGGGGUGCUUGACUCUGCCACCUCUCCUAUUAGUAGCUUUAUUUGGCCCAUUUUUGCUGCUUCUGGGGCCUCUGCCUUCAAGGCCCCCAUGGGGCUGCCCAUCCAUGGCUCUGCCUACAGAAGGGGCUUACUGCAUGUGCCUGCCCCUACUUUGCUGUUUUUAAUGAAACAGAAAAAUGACUUGACCUGGGCAGGCUGAAGUGCAGAGUCCCAGACCACCCUGCCACCCCACACCCCCAGAUCUCUGGAACUUCUGGGAGAGGACCAUUGGCUGGGCAGGAGAGCACUUCUGGCCUAGGUGGUUUCUGUGUCCCUGUGGUGUAGCAUGUCUGCCCCCAGCUCUGGACAGCGCAGGUGACUGCUGGCCCAGCCCUGUCUGUCUCCACUCUGACUCAGCCACCUGGUUAUUUAUGUGGGGCCGUGCAGGCGCGAACCCACUGCCCAUCCCCGUUUCUCUUAUUUAUUAAAACCUGCUGUUGUCAUCUUUCAUCUCCAUCCCCAUCCACUUGUUGAAGAAUAAAAGGUGGGAACGUGG